UUCCCCCUCUUCUUCACCUCUACACGUCGCACGUUUUCCUUCCCAUCUCUGGCUACCAGACCCAAGAACCAAGGUCCUUUUUUAUAUAGAUGGGUCUAGUGAAGGACGCUGCUGAAAUGGAGGAAGGAACUUUAUUAGUUGGCAUGGAGUAUAGAACCGUUUCUGGCGUUGCAGGGCCUCUGGUUAUCUUGGACAAAGUUAAGGGUCCCAAGUAUCAAGAGAUUGUUAAUAUUAGAUUGGGUGAUGGCACCAUUCGGCGUGGUCAGGUUUUGGAAGUUGAUGGGGAGAAAGCUGUUGUGCAGGUCUUUGAAGGAACUUCUGGCAUUGACAUCAAGUAUACUACUGUGCAAUUUACAGGGGAGGUAUUAAAAACUCCUGUGUCAUUGGACAUGCUUGGACGUAUUUUUAACGGUUCAGGAAAGCCUAUAGAUAAUGGUCCUCCAAUACUACCAGAGGCUUACUUGGAUAUUUCGGGAAGUUCUAUUAAUCCCAGUGAGAGAACCUACCCUGAAGAGAUGAUUCAGACGGGAAUAUCCACCAUUGAUGUAAUGAAUUCUAUUGCCCGAGGGCAGAAAAUUCCUCUUUUUUCUGCUGCUGGGCUUCCCCAUAAUGAAAUUGCAGCUCAGAUUUGUCGUCAGGCUGGCCUUGUUAAGCGGCUGGAACAAACAGAAAAUCUACUAGAGGAUGGAGAGGAGGACAAUUUUGCAAUUGUGUUUGCAGCCAUGGGUGUAAACAUGGAAACAGCUCAGUUUUUCAAGCGUGAUUUUGAAGAAAAUGGUUCAAUGGAGAGGGUCACUCUUUUCCUUAAUCUGGCAAAUGAUCCUACAAUUGAACGUAUUAUUACUCCUCGAAUUGCUCUUACCACGGCAGAAUAUCUGGCCUAUGAAUGUGGGAAGCACGUCCUUGUUAUCUUGACUGACAUGAGCUCGUAUGCAGAUGCACUUCGUGAGGUGUCUGCAGCCCGAGAGGAGGUGCCUGGUAGGCGUGGUUAUCCUGGGUAUAUGUAUACUGAUUUAGCAACAAUUUAUGAACGAGCUGGACGUAUAGAAGGCAGAAAAGGCUCCAUAACCCAGAUUCCUAUCCUAACAAUGCCUAAUGAUGAUAUCACCCAUCCCACACCAGAUCUUACUGGGUAUAUCACUGAGGGCCAGAUAUAUAUUGAUAGGCAACUUCAUAAUCGGCAGAUAUAUCCACCCAUCAAUGUCCUUCCAUCUCUCUCACGGUUGAUGAAGAGUGCUAUUGGAGAGGGCAUGACCCGUCGUGAUCAUGCUGACGUGUCCAAUCAGCUUUAUGCCAAUUAUGCUAUUGGGAAGGAUGUUCAAGCAAUGAAAGCUGUUGUUGGAGAAGAGGCGCUCUCUUCAGAGGACUUGCUAUACCUUGAGUUCCUGGACAAAUUUGAGAGGAAGUUUGUUUCUCAAGGGGCUUAUGAUACCCGCAACAUCUUCCAGUCACUUGACCUGGCCUGGACUCUUCUGCGUAUCUUUCCCAGAGAACUUCUGCACCGUAUUCCUUCAAAAACAUUGGAUCAGUAUUAUAGCCGAGAAACUACCCACUGAGCUGCGGAGUAUUAUUUCAUGUUAAGAAUGACAUUUACGUGUCAGCUUUGAAUAAUCCGUGGGUGUUGUUCUUCAAGCCCUAAAUCGGCCAUUUUGCAUAGAGUUAUCAGGUCCAUUCUUUUCAGUGCUCGAGUUCAUGACAUUCUAGAAAUAUCUCUUGUAAUAUUUGUGACCAAAAAAUGAUUUGUAAGGGUAUUGAACUCAAUCUCAAUUAUAGCACUUAACUUUAUUUAUUAUUUUCUGAAUUAUUUCUGUAAGAUAUUGAACCCCUAAAUUUUGUGAGUUCAUAAUGUGCUUGAAAACUUUAGUUUCUCUC